UGCACAACAAUGGCAACAACAAUGGCAACGGGGAUUGAAAGUAUCAAGAACAACGAGAAUGUCGAUCUGGAGAAAAUCCCUAUGGAGGAAGUUUUCCAGCAUUUAAAAUGCAGCAGUGAGGGGUUAACCAAAGAAGAAGCAGACAACAGGCUCCAGAUCUUUGGUCCCAACAAAUUGGAAGAGAAGAAGGAGAGCAAGAUAUUGAAGUUUCUAGGGUUUAUGUGGAAUCCAUUGUCGUGGGUGAUGGAAGCAGCGGCCAUAAUGGCGAUAGCGUUGGCUCACGGUGGAGGGAGAGAUGCUGACUGGCAGGAUUUCGUCGGCAUAAUCUGUUUGCUGUUCAUCAAUUCUACCAUCUCUUUCAUUGAAGAGAACAACGCCGGCAAUGCCGCCGCUGCUCUCAUGGCCGGUCUUGCUCCCAAGGCUAAGGUUCUGAGGGAUGGCAAGUGGAGUGAAGAAGAAGCGGCCAUUCUUGUUCCCGGAGAUAUCAUAAGCGUCAAGCUCGGAGAUAUCAUCCCUGCAGAUGCUCGUCUCCUCGAGGGCGAUCCUUUAAAGAUCGACCAAUCUGCCUUGACCGGUGAAUCCCUCCCCGUGACGAAAUCACCGGGCGAAGAGAUUUUCUCGGGCUCGACUUGCAAGCAAGGCGAGAUCGAGGCUAUCGUUAUCGCGACGGGAGUUCACACUUUCUUUGGGAAGGCUGCUCAUCUUGUGGACAGUACAAACCAGGUUGGUCACUUCCAGAAGGUUUUGACCGCCAUUGGAAACUUCUGCAUAUGCUCCAUUGCCCUCGGAAUGCUCGUCGAGAUCGUGGUUAUGUACGCGAUUCAGCACAGGAGAUAUCGAGACGGGAUCGAUAAUCUUCUCGUCCUCUUGAUCGGAGGGAUCCCCAUUGCAAUGCCUACUGUCCUGUCUGUGACAAUGGCCAUUGGUUCUCAUAGGUUGUCUCAACAAGGUGCUAUAACUAAGCGUAUGACCGCCAUCGAAGAGAUGGCUGGCAUGGAUGUUCUCUGCAGCGACAAAACCGGAACGCUUACUCUCAACAAGCUUACUGUUGACAGAAGCACGGUAGAGGUUUUCGCAAAGGGGGUUGAUAAAGAGGAAGUGAUCUUGUUGGCUGCUAGGGCUUCAAGAACUGAGAAUCAAGACGCCAUUGAUGCAGCAAUGGUUGAUAUGCUUGCUGAUCCCAAGGAGGCAAGAGCUGGUAUCAAAGAGGUGCAUUUCCUUCCGUUUAAUCCUGUGGACAAGAGGACUGCUCUAACAUAUAUCGACGAAAGGGAUGGCGAAUGGCACCAAGUGAGCAAAGGAGCUCCCGAGCAGAUCCUCGCUCUCUGCAAUGCUGGGGAAAGUCUCAAGAGGAGAGUCCAUUCCAAGAUCAAUAGGUUUGCCGAACGUGGCUUGAGAUCUCUUGCUGUUGCAAGACAGGUUUUGCCCGAGAAAACGAGAGAAGGCCCUGGAAGUCCAUGGGAAUUCGUCGGCUUGUUGCCUCUGUUUGAUCCUCCAAGGCAUGACAGCGCAGAUACCAUCAAACGAGCUCUAGAUCUCGGUGUCAACGUAAAGAUGAUAACCGGUGAUCAACUCGCUAUCGCCAAGGAGACAGGUCGUAGGCUCGGGAUGGGAACAAACAUGUAUCCUUCUGCUUCUUUGCUCGGCCAAGAUGGAGCAUCCAUUCCCGUAGACGAGUUGAUUGAAAAGGCAGACGGGUUUGCAGGCGUAUUCCCAGAGCACAAAUACGAAAUCGUGAAAAAGUUGCAAGAGAGGAAGCAUAUCUGCGGUAUGACCGGAGAUGGCGUGAACGAUGCUCCGGCCCUGAAGAGGGCAGAUAUCGGAAUUGCUGUGGCUGACGCCACAGACGCCGCGAGGAGCGCCUCUGAUAUCGUUCUUACCGAGCCGGGACUCAGCGUCAUCAUCAGCGCCGUGCUUACAAGCCGAGCCAUUUUCCAGAGGAUGAAGAACUACACUAUUUACGCGGUCUCUAUCACCAUUCGUAUAGUGUUUGGCUUCAUGCUCAUAGCUCUGAUAUGGAAGUUCGAUUUUUCGCCGUUCAUGGUUCUGAUCAUUGCCAUUCUAAACGACGGGACCAUCAUGACAAUCUCAAAGGACAGGGUGAAGCCAUCUCCCACGCCAGAUAGCUGGAAACUGAAAGAGAUUUUCACCACUGGCAUCGUUCUUGGAGGCUACUUGGCCUUGAUGACGGUCCUGUUCUUCUGGGCUGCUUACGAAACCGACUUCUUCCCGAAAACGUUCAACGUGAGGGAUUUGAGGGGCAGGGAACACGAGAUGAUGGCGGCGCUCUACCUGCAAGUGAGCAUAGUGAGCCAAGCUCUUAUCUUUGUCACGAGGUCUCGAAGCUGGUCUUUCGUGGAGCGCCCCGGAAUGCUCCUGGUCACUGCCUUCGUUCUUGCUCAACUGGCGGCGACAUUGAUAGCAGUGUACGGGAAAUGGAGUUUCGCGAGGAUAGAGGGCAUCGGGUGGGGCUGGGCUGGGGUCAUAUGGCUAUACAGCGUCGUCUUCUACGCGCCGCUGGACGUGAUGAAGUUUGCCAUACGUUACAUACUCAGCGGAAAGGCUUGGCGUAAUGUGUUCGAGAAGGAGACAACAUUCACAAGAACCACCAUUGACGUAGAGCUGUCUGAGAUUGCAGAGCAGGCUAAGAGACGAGCUGAGAUAGCAAGGCUGAAGGAGCUGCACACGCUGAAAGGGCACAUAGAGUCGAUGGUGAAGCUGAAGGGUUUGGACAUUGAGACGCCACAUCACUAUACCCAUCACUAAGCACUGGAACCAUGAAUAAAACCCAAUGUGUUUUUUUUUUCUUAUUGGGUUUAGGAUUUUUUUUUAGGGUUUCCGUACAUUCAGACUCU